GUCAGAAGUCAGAACCCUGUUUUGUUUCAGUUGUCAAACUCUGUUACUUCAACUUUUUUAUUUUCUUUUUUCCUUUUUAGUCUUUUCACUUUAACGUUUCACCACACUUAACUUUUCUUCUCAACAUUUCAUAAAUCUCAACACUAACAUUUUAAUUUUCCGCACUAAACUCUCUUAGUCUCUUCCAACGCCUAAUGACGUCACUCUGCCGGCGGUUACCUACCGCCGGCACCGCCUCACCAUUCGGUCAGGUCCGCUUACUCCAACCUUCGAAGUCCACCUCGAUUAACAGAAUCCACUACGUCUAUUCACUUAAGCGGUCGGGAAUCUCUCUACGGCAGCGCCGGUGGACUCCGGUCGUGGAAGCGACUGGACACGGCGGCGCACGGGAGAGAUCGGAUUUCAGCAAGGAAGAAAAGGAGAGGCCGCGUGUAUUGGAAGCGGCGAAAGAGAGGGAAAAUGUGAAUCAGUCGGCGAAGGUGGUGGUUGCUGCGGCGGUGACGGUGGUUAUGGGAGUCGGAAAUAGAGUGAUGUAUAAGCUGGCGUUGGUUCCUUUGAAGCAGUACCCUUUCUUCUUGGCUCAGCUAGCAACUUUUGGAUAUGUAAUUGUAUACUUUUCGAUUUUAUAUAUGCGGUAUCGUGCUGGCAUUGUCACUGAUGAGAUGUUAUCUAUGCCAAAAACUCCAUUUCUAUUUGUUGGUCUCUUAGAAGCUCUGGGUGCUGCUACCGGAAUGGCAGCAGGAGCAAUGCUAUCCGGAGCAUCAAUUCCAAUCUUAUCUCAGUCUUUUCUUGUGUGGCAAAUUCUCCUGUCAACUAUUUUUCUUAGGAGAAGAUAUAAAGUCAACCAACUACUUGGAUGCUUUCUUGUGGCCAUUGGUGUAAUUAUCACAGUAGCGAGUGGAUCUGGUGCCGGGAAAUCAUUGAAGGAAGCUGGUAUAUUUUGGAGUCUUUUAAUGAUGGUUUCAUUUUUAUUCCAAGCAGCUGACACUGUGCUCAAGGAGGUAAUCUUUUUAGAUGCAUCCCGGAAACUGAAGGGAGGUUCUUUGGAUUUAUUUAUUGUCAAUUCCUUCGGAUCUGCUUUCCAAGCACUGUUUAUAUGUCUCCUCCUCCCCUUCUUAUCAAAAUUAUGGGGCAUACCUUUCAGUCAACUACCAAACUACCUUAAAGAUGGUGCAGCCUGCUUUCUGAAUGUUGGAAAGCUGUCUAGUGGUUGUGAUGGAGCUCCCCUGCUGCCUGUGCUGUUUAUUAUUGUCAACAUGGGCUUCAAUAUCUCGUUGCUUUAUCUCCUCAAGAUUUCUUCAGCUGUUGUCUCUUGUCUAGCCACCACAUUCUCAGUCCCAAUAGCAAUCUAUGUGUUCACACUGCCACUGCCAUAUCUUGGUGUUGCGUCUUCUCUUCCAACAGGAUUUCUUGCUGGAGCCGUCAUUCUCAUCAUGGGAUUACUCAUCUAUACAUGGACUCCUUCAAAUGCUUCCUUGACUGCUCCCACCUAGUGAAGCCAUGUGGGAAUUUGAACCUCAAUACAUGCACCAUUUCUCCAAGCAAAGCAUAGGUUGCAACUACCCGCAUGACAGCGAACAGUGUAACCCGCAAUUCAGGUUCAACCUUUCACAAGAAAAGGGGUAGAAAUCAAACAACUGAUGCAAUUUUGUUUCAUUAACAUUUGAUGAAAAUGAUAAAGAAAAGAAUACAGGAAAUGAAAUCCUCCUGAGCUUUCUCAAGAGUAUGGAUAGAUCUAGUUCAAAUUUUGUUUGGAAAAAGAAAAUGGAACAGAAAAUGAUUGAAAUAUGAAGAGUUUUUUUUUUUUUGUGAAGAAAAUAUGAACAUGCAUUUAAUCUUCUUUUGCUUGGUUGAAUGCCCAAAUACUGGUUCUGUAAGCCUGUUAAGUUUCCAGAAGUGAAGUCCUUUCAUAUAGGCUUUGCUAAAACCUGAUGUUGAUCUCCGAAGUUUAACUGGAAUCUCAAUUUAGUCCUGAACUUUUUGUUUGUGCA